CGUGCUUAUUGUAUUUUCGAUCCUAUGAUGGUGACUUCUCUGUUGUCAUUCUUGUAAAGGAACCUGCUCUCGGUAUCUCUCUGUUGACUAAAGCUUUACCUUUCCCUCCAGAGGACAUGGAUUGACACCGGAGGACUUGGGAGUGCAAUGGUAGGCUGACAACAGCAUGUCUGAAGCCGCCAAUGCCAGCCACCUGCACCAGCUGAGUGUCACAGCUGUCAGUGGGGAGUUGUCGGCUUUAAGUAGUCUCUUUAACAAGCCGUCGGCGUAUGUGGAACUCCUGGUGGAUGGUGUGCACCAGAAAAAGACCCAGCAUGUCAAACACAAUACACAUCCAAAGUGGCAUGAAACGUUCACAGUAUUGGUGACAAAAGACUCUGUAUUGGUCUUCCGUGUGAGUGACCACCACACCUUAGUUCGAGAUUCUGUCAUAGGAGAAGCUACCCUAAAGCUCGCAGAUGUGGUUGCCGCCUAUGAUGGGAAGAAGAGCUCCACUCACACACUGCCGCUGACUCAGCCGCCUAAUUGCGUUGUGCCAGCUACUUCUCAGCCUCCCACCAUCACAGUCACCCUAGAUGGCUUGAAUAUUUUAACCCAGGGAGGUGCUAGACAAAGGGAAGUCAACUAUAACCUUCCAACUGUUGUGAAUGUGAGUGGUGGGAAUGUCAGUGGAAGUAAUACAGUCACAGUUCGGGUUGGUGGCAAAACUCCACCACCUGUACCCCCUCCACCCAAGCUGAUCCAGUCUGAUGCCCAUUCAGGAGCAGCCUUGCCUGCCAUCAUGUCAGCAAGUGGCAGCCAGUCCAACUCGGGCACAACUAUCACCCAUACCUCACACACGUCUGCAACACACAGCCCCAUUCCGUCUCUUCCUUCCAUUAAUAGCGAUGGCCAGGCUGCCUCGUCCCACCCAAGCACCCGGGCUAGGAAGAGUGUGGGCAAUGGGUCUGCCGUUGUGGUAUUAGGUGGAGAGAGUCCCACUGACAGUUCAGGGAACCAGAAUGGGAGACCUAAUGGUGCAGAAUCCACAGCUCCCCCUGUGUCAGGGAACGUGUCUCCCCAGGCCAAUCAUCAGCCUAAUCCACCACAAGUUGCCAGCAAUGCCACCAAUGGGAAACUUCCAACCAAUGGCACGCCCCAGCACUCCGCUUCCUCUGCUGCUGCUCCAAAACCUCCCGGGCUUGCCCCAAGACCUGCUAAUCGUCAUCACAGAGCUCACAAAAACAAACGGAACUCAGAUGGUAGCAAUACUCCAGGGAGUGGAAACAGUAAUGGAAGCAGCAGUGGAGCUCCAGCCUCAGGAGGAAGCAUGAGCAGCAGCAGUAGUGGUAGCAACUCUGCUCAGCCUGCAGCAGUUGGGGUCCAGGAGGAACCCCUUCCCCAUGGAUGGGAGAUGCGUCAUGACCAGUAUGGGCGUCGCUACUACGUAGAUCACACAACCCGCUCCACUACAUGGGAGAGACCAAAGCCCUUACCUGCAGGCUGGGAGGCACGUCGCGAUCCAAGGGGAAGAGUUUAUUAUGUUGAUCAUAACACCAGAACGACUACAUGGCAGCGGCCAACAGUAGAACAUAUUAGGCAAUUUGAAGAAUGGCAAGGGGAGCGACAACACAUUGCUCAGCUCAGUGCACAGAGGUUCCUGUAUCCCAACACCAACCAAGAGACUGAGAAUGAUCCUCUGGGCCCACUGCCACCUGGUUGGGAGAAGCGGCAGGAGCCCAAUGGUAGAAUUUACUUUGUCAACCACCGCAACAGAACAACUCAGUGGGAUGAUCCAAGGACACAAGGAAUGGGACUUGAGGAGGAGGCCCUUCCAGCUGGCUGGGAGAUGCGACUUACAGAUGAUGGUCGCCAGUACUUUGUGGACCACAACACCCGCCAGACAACUUUCCAGGAUCCUCGUCCAGGAGCCAAGCAAAUUGCCAACAGAGGACAGUAUGGGAUCCCUGUUGUUUACGAAAGAUCCUUCAGGUGGAAAUUGGGACAAUUCCGAUACUUGUGUCAAAGUAAUACUGUUGCUGGCCACAUCAAGAUUAGUGUAACCCGGCAGACGCUCUUUGAAGAUUCUUUCCAUCAAGUAAUGAGACUCCCAGCCUUCGAGUUACGUAGACGCCUCUUCAUCAUCUUCAGAGGAGAGGAGGGACUUGAUUACGGUGGUAUUGCAAGAGAGUGGUUCUUCCAGCUCUCCCACGAGGUGCUCAACCCUAUGUACUGCCUAUUUGAGUACGCCAACAAAAACAAUUACUCUCUCCAGAUCAACCCAGCCUCUGAAGUCAACCCUGAUCAUUUAACAUAUUUCAAAUUUAUUGGAAGGUUUAUAGCUAUGGCCCUGUAUCAUGGAAAGUUCAUUUAUUCUGGUUUUACCAUGCCUUUCUAUAAACGAAUGUUGAACAAGAAACUUACCAUGAAGGACCUGGAGUCCAUUGAUCCAGAGUUCUAUAAUUCACUUGUGUGGAUUAGGGAUAACAACAUUGAGGAGUGUUGCCUUGAGAUGACCUUCUGCACUGAUUUUGAAGUUCUGGGGAAGAUCACUGAAGUAGAGCUGAAGCCUGGUGGAAAAGAUAUCCAAGUGACAGAGGAGAAUAAGGAAGAAUAUAUUGACCUCAUGAUGCAGUGGCGUCUCACUCGAGGCCAAGAAGCACAGACGAGGCAUUUCCUGGAAGGAUUUUCGGAAGUGGUGCCACUGGAGUGGUUGAAGUAUUUUGAUGAACGAGAAUUGGAGUUGUUGCUGUGUGGAAUGCAAGAGAUAGACAUUUGUGAUUGGCAGAAGCAUACUAUAUACCGCCACUAUAACCGAUCUUCAAAACAAAUUAUGUGGUUCUGGCAGUUUGUGAGAGAGAUUGACAAUGAGAAGAGGGCACGUCUACUACAGUUUGUCACUGGAACCUGCCGCGUGCCAGUAGGAGGCUUUGCAGAACUUAUGGGGAGCAAUGGGCCACAGAAAUUCUGCAUUGAGAAGGUGGGUAAAGAGACAUGGCUUCCUCGGUCCCACACUUGCUUCAAUCGGUUAGACCUCCCACCCUACAAGUCCUAUGAGCAGUUAGUUGAAAAACUCACCUUCGCCAUUGAGGAAACCGAAGGCUUCGGCCAAGAGUAGAACAUGGGGACCAAAUUAUGUGUUGAGAAAUAAUGGAAAUAAGGAUUUCAUGUAAGUGAUAGUAUAUCAUAAGGUUUUCUGUUUGAUUGGUUGAUUAUGCAUACAGAAGUAGGGCCAUUCUGGAGUUUAGCAAUUCAAAGAAAACCCAAUAUUGUAUCAAGGUUGUGUUUGUAGUUUUGCUGGCAGUGUUAAAAGGCAUUUGUAAGUAGCUUAGGCCAGUUUUAUGUUAUAUUAUUAAAUAGAUUAGUCAUAAUACACUUAUCUUUGUUAUAUUUUUGGUAAAGAAAUGAUUUAUUGUAAACAGACUACAAGAAAUAGCAUUUUAGGGUUAAGCAGAAGUGAUUUAUAUAUCCAGAGGACAAAAGGUUAAUGAUGUGAGUGUACAAAAGUAAUGUAGGUGACAUACUAUCAUUUUUGUGAAAAAAAUAAAAGAUGUAAAAUAAUGAAACUAUAACAAGUUUGUAUUUAACCAUAGUUUGUUUUCAUAAUUUGUGGUUCUUUUUAUGUUAUUUUUGAUGGCUUUUAAUCAUGAUGAUCGUAAUAUUUCCCAAGUGGAUACACUACGUGUUUUAGUAAAGAAGUGAACAAAUAUAGCAAAGCAAAUUCA